AUGCCUCCAAAAGGCGACCCGAACGCUGUAACCAUCGUCUACGUCAGGGUUGUUGGCGGGGAAGGUGCGGCUGCCUCCAGUUUGGCGCCCAAGAUUGGUCCACUCGGACUCUCACCUAAGAAAGUUGGCGAUGAUAUCGCAAAAGCGACAAAGGAUUGGAAGGGUCUGCGCAUUAUGGUCAAGCUCACCGUUCAGAAUCGUCAAGCGCAGGUUGAAGUCGUCCCGAGUGCUGCAGCGCUGAUCAUCCGCGCUCUGAAAGAGCCGCCCCGAGACCGAAAGAAAGUGAAGAACGUGAAGCACGAUGGGAACUUGACUCUUGAUGAAAUCAAAGAGAUCGCUCGAAUUAUGCGGGAACGAUCCUGUGCACGUGAGCUCAGUGGAGUGGUACGUGAAAUUCUCGGGACCUGCCACAGCAUCGGGUGCAUGGUCGAGGGACGUCAUCCACGAGAAGUCAUCGAGCAGAUCCGCUCUGGCGAGAUCAUGAUCGAGAACGUGUAA